AUGAUGAAAAUUCCUUCUUCUCCUACUUUAAUACAAUUCGAAAGUAUAUUUUAAUCAAAUCAAAAUUUCUGGUGUUUAUGUCCUUAGGAGUCAGUUAAAUAUGAUUUAGAGAAGAGAUUCAUAGUAAUCAUUAAUUCAACAAUCAAAAUAAAGAAGUUACGGAUAGGAGGCGGCUAUAUAUAAUAUUCAGAUAAUGUAUUCACUUAAUUAUAUAAAUAGAAAUACAUCGAUAUUAAUAAUAUAGAAAUGCAAUAAACUCGUAACUCUUAAAUUGAUUCUCCUGGAGUGAAAUUAACAAGACAAAAUUAAACAUUAGAAAUUUAUGGAGAUAUAGAUGAUUGGGUUGAAUAUUUAAAGCCUUUCGCAAUUUAAUUUUAUUUCCAACAAAGAUAUGUGAUAUAAAAAAAAAUUGAAAAGGGAACAUUACAAAAUUGGUUUACUGUCAAGUGCAAAUCCACAUCUCAUGAAUAUGCAGUUUAAAUAAUUGAAAAAAAUAACGAUUUAGAUAAAAGACUUUUGAUUCGUAACAUAUAACUACUGAGAACUCUAAAAUUACAUAAUUUAAUAAAAAUGAAAGAAAUUUAUGAAAGUAGAAAGUUGAUAUACAUUAUCUUUGAAAAUAUAGAAGGAACUAAUAUAGAUGAUUUAAAGCUAGAUAAAUAAUUAUCUGAAUUUGACAUUUCAACAAUAAUGAGAAUUUUGUUUACAAUAUUAGAAUAUUUACAUCUAAACAAUAUAGUCCUUGGCAACAAAGCUAUCUUUUAAAAUUUAUAUUUAAGAAACCCUAAAGAAUGGUCAUCAGUUUAUUUUAUUGAUCAUUUUGAUAUUCAAGGUUUAUAUUAAAAUAAUAAUGAUUUUUAUUCCAAGGCAUAAAUUGAUAUAAAGAAUUUUGGUAAUAUCAUGAAAUAUCUUUUGGAUUAUAAUAACGAGGCAGCAAAACUUUAUAGUUAUGAAUUAUAAGAAUGGUCAAAACAAGCAUUUGAUUUCUAUCAAAAAAUAAAUGAUGUAAAUAAAAAUUAUUCUUCUUAUGAUGCACUUCAACAUCCAUUCGUUUUUCAAAGUUCCAAAUUGAUAGUUGGAAAUUUUAAUUCUCGAAAAUUAUUUCAUAUGAGCUAAUUAGGAAUAUAAUCAUUAGAAAUUUCAACUGAAUUGAAUUCAAAUAAUUAGUCAAAUUCGAAUAGUCCUAUAAAAAGAGGAAAAAAAUUAAUAAAGAUUAAGCCUAUAGUAUCUACUCCAGCUUCUCCAAUUCAAAAAGUCACAAAUGAAGAUUCAAGUUCUUAAGGUUCAAUUGAUGUAAAAGCAAUUUUAGAAAAAUAUUAAGAUGUGAAAAAGUCAGAUGUUAUUAUUGAACCAUGUUUAGAAUAAAGUCCAUUAAAAAAACAUAUCAAUAGUUUUAGAUUAACAUCAAAAAAAUCUAUAAUUUAAAACCCAGCAACUUCAAAAGAUAAAUCAAGUUUUCACUAACAUUCUAAUUUCAAAAAAUCGACUCAAACAAUAGAAAAUAUUUAAAAAAGAUAUAAGAAAGAAUUACCAAAAAAAAGAUCCACUUUAGAACUAUGA